AUGGCCUGGAACAUCCGUGGGAUGACGGAUGAAUCCAAGCGUCUGCUCAAGGAGCACUGUAGCUCAUUUUCUCCCAUUAUUCUGGGGCUUUUAGAACCCAAGAAGGCCUUCCAUAAAGUUCGCCAUUCCUUCUGGACUUCUCUGAAUUUGAUCCGAGUGCAUCAGAACUGCCGUGCACCCCGGUGCUCUAAUAUCUGGGUUCUGUCUCACCCCUCUGUCAUCUCGACCACGGUUUUCUCCUCGGAUCAACUGGUUGUGGUGGAUUGUUCUUGGCAUUCGUUGGAUUUUCGUGUGGUGAUUAUUCAUGGUGCAAAUGAUCAAAUCUCUCGCCGCUCUCGUUGGCGGGAUCUUCUCCGUUUUGUUUCGGGUAAUACGGUGUUUAUAGGGGAUUUUAACACGGUCAAGGGGGCUCAUGAGAGAAUAAGUCCUCUAACCCCUCAGCGUGGCUCUUGUCGGGACUUCUGUUCUUUUAUUGAUGAUACUCAGUUCAUCGAAUCUCCAACGGAUGGCUUACGCUUUACUUGGUCGGGUCGUCGGUUCUUACCCCAUCAUGUCGAAUCGGUGUUGGAUAGGGCGAUUUUUUCUCAGAAUUUUGCUGAUUUGUGGGAUUCGAUUAUCACGACAGAUCUUCCCCGCCUCACUUCUGAUCACUCUCCUUUAGUUAUGCAGUGUCGUCGGGCUACUCCUCCUGGCAAGCGGCAGUUUCGUUUUCUUAAUAUGUGGGUCCAACAUGCUUCUUUCAGCGAGAUGGUCGAGAACUCUUGGUCUAGAUCGGUUGACGCCUUAUGCCCUAUUGUUCGUGUUAUGUUAAAGCUUAAGCGUUUGCGGGCUGAUAUUAGAGUCUGGAAUAAAGAGGUGUUUGGUAAUGUCGACGUUGCCAAAAAUCAAUGGCAGAAGCAACUGAUGGACACCCAAAAACAAAUAGCGGUUUCUGGCUAUACUGAUGAUCUGUUUAAUGAGGAGGUGCGUCUUCAAGCUGAACUUAACGUGGCUCUCUCAAGGAAAAACAGCCUUUUGCAACAAAAAAGUCGAGCAUCUUGGCUGGUGGAUGGUGAUAGAAACACAGCCUUCUUUCACCGCCUCGCAAAGUUCAAAAAGCGUAAUAAUACUUUUACGAGGCUGAAUAUCAAUGGUGUUGAUGUGUAUGAUUCUGGGAUUAUUGAGCAACAUAUUGUUAGUCACUUUUCGGAGCUUUUCACCGACGAUGGGAGUGAGCUGGCAGAUCAAUUAGAGAUUGAUGCUCUUAUCCAGCCUAGUAUUUCGGAGGACCAGAAUAUCUUGCUUAUCCGUAUUCCUGAUGAGGGGGAGAUUGCAGCUGCGGUUUUCAGUAUGGAUGUUCAUAGUGCGCCAGGUCCGGAUGGUUUUUAUGGCAUGUUCUUCCAUAGUUGCUGGACGACUAUUAAGGUUGAUAUCGUUGCUGCGGUGCAGAUAUUUUUCAGCCACUCUUACCUGCCCAAUGGGUGUAAUGCUAGCAUGAUGAUUCUUAUUCCGAAGAAAGAUGUGGUCUCCACUGUGGCGGACCUCCGCCCUAUUGUUCUUUCCAACUUUUUCUUCAAGAUCAUCUCAAAAGUUAUGGCUUCACGUCUUAGUACUGUGGCUAAUUCUCAUGUUGCGCCAAAUCAGUUUGGCUUUAUCAACGGUCGAAAUAUUCAUGACUGCAUUAUGCUAAGCUCGGAGGGUUUCAAUUGUAUGCAGCGCACCAAUCGUGGCAUAAACAUGGCGUGUAAGGUGGAUAUCAGAAAAGCCUUUGAUACUUUGCGAUGGGGCUUCAUUUUUCAAGUGCUUAGGGCUAAUGGCUAUCACGACAAUUUCAUUCGUUGGAUUUCGAUCAUUUUCAGCUCUGCUCGACUUUCCAUUCUUUAUAAUGGUCGUAUUUCUGGCUACUUCGCCUGCUCCCGUGGGGUUCGGCAAGGUGAUCCUUUGUCUCCCAUUAUUUUUGGUAUUGCUGAAGACGUCUUGAGCCGUCUAAUUAGCAGUUGCGUGGACUCUAAACAUCUAACUCCUAUGAGCUUCUCCCGGGCUUCUAAUUUUCCCACUCAUCUGCUGUAUGCUGAUGAUAUUAUUCUCUUUUGCCGUGCUACUGUUCGUAAUGCGAAAAAAGUUAAAGAGAUCUUUCAGUACUAUGGUACUAUCUUUGGACAGCACUGUAGUCAAGAGAAGUCCAAUAUCUUUUUCUCUAGUUGCGUCACUACUGAUAGAAGAAGAUCUAUUCAUCGUGCUCUUGGUUUCUCGGUAGGAAGCCUUCCUAUGACCUAUCUGGGAGUGCCUAUCUUUGUCGGUCGUCCUCGCGCCUUUUAUUUCAUGCAGAUCUUUGAUAAGAUUGUUCAGAAAUUUGCGAAGUGGAAGGGUAUUCAACUCUCUAUAGCUGGUCGACUUUGUCUAGUGAAAUCGGUUAUUCAAAGUUCAAUUGUUCACUCCAUGAUGGUUUACAAGUGGCCUAAGUCGCUUCUUCACUCUUUGGAUAGAAAAUGCAGAAAUUUUGUUUGGACUGGUAAUAUUGAUCAGCGUCCCAGCUGCUCUGUUAGUUGGGGUCGCACUUGCUCCCCUCGGCCUGAAGGCGGCUUGGGAAUUCGAUCUUUUACCCUGAUGAAUCAGUCCUUCUUAAUGAAGUUGACUUGGAAGACGAUAAAGGGAGAUGAUUGGGCUCACAAAAUCUUGCGUUCCAGAUACCUUACUGGUUUCAGUUAUGCCAAGCAGAAUAUCGCAAACUCUUCUAUCUGGUUGGGAAUGAAAGAUGAAAUCAAUGAGUUGGUGAAUGACACUUAUGCUUGCAUUGACCGUGGGGACUGCGUUUACUUUUGGAAAGAUGACUGGCAGGGCUAUAAGCUGGUUGAUAGGCUGAGGAUUCCUACCUAUAUGCAUAAGUUUCUUAACUUUUCUGUGCAUGACUACUUUCAUGACGGGGUCUGGCAUUUCACGGCUGCUUUUGUAAAUCGGUUUCCUGACGUGGUGGCUGACAUCAUACUCUUUCCCACAAAUGGGAGUAAAGACGUUAGAUUCUGGAAACAUUCUAUUCGUGGGGAUGUUUCCGCCGCUCUUGCCUUUGCUAAAAAUUGUCAUCGUUUCCUGGAGGUGAAUUGGGGAAAGUGGAUUUGGGAGCCCUUCAUUCCGGUUAGACGGUCGAUCCUUUGCUGGCGUGUUAUUCAUGGGCGUCUUCCUACUCUUGAUACUCUUAUUAGACAAGGCCUGGUAGCUCCUAAUGGCUGUACCCUUUGCUUGGAGAGAGAGGAAACAAUUUCUCACGUCCUUUGGAAUUGCUCUAAGGUGAAACCCAUCUGGCAGGAAUUUCUCUCUUGGUUUGACAAAACCUCCCUCGGGGAUUGCUUGGAUAUUCACUCGUUCCUGGUGAAGGCGUGGACGACGGAUCUUAGCCCUCAAAUUCUUUCGUUCUGGAAAGCGAGGAUGAUCUCUAUCAUUUGGAAGAUUUGGGAGUGUCGGAACUCUAUGGUUUUUGAUGAUGUUACUUUUGAUUCUCGACGGAUUUUGGUCUUCGUCAAAUCUUAUUUCAAAGAGCUCGAUUACAAUUUCAAAAAUCUUGGCAACAUCAGCAACACUUGGCAGGAUUAUUUAAUCACCAGAUCAAUCGAGGUUGGCAGCCGAUCAGCCCCUCCGCCUCGCAUGGUUGAAGUUCAUUGGUGGCCUCCUGCUUGGAUGAAAGUCAACACUGACGGCUCUGCUUUGGGGGCGCCGGGGAUCAUUGCUGCGGGCGGGGUUUUUAGGGACCAUCAUGCGGUAGUUCGUGGCUGCUAUCACAUUAACGGGGGGAUUGGUUUUUCGUUUGAAGCUGAGCUUUUAGCAGUCAUCACUGCUAUUAAUCUGGCUCAUGAUAGAAAGUGGCACUACUUGUGGAUUGAGUCAGACUCCAUGUAUGUGUUCCGAUUGUUGGAGACUCGAUCUUCGGAUGUUCCUUGGCGUUUCUAUGCCUCUUGGAACAACUCUCUUCAUCUUCUUCAGAAGUUCCAUCUGAUUGUUACUCAUAUCUUUGAGAGGGAAAUCAGCCUACUGAUAUCGUGGCUAACAAUGAUCGGGUGGAAGGAUGGUGGCCGUCAGCUAUUGAUGUGA